UCCGUAUUUCUCAUGACGACAUAUCGUCUGUGAAGAGCAGAUUCUGGAAAGCCAAGCGAGAAAGAGGAUUUACUCUUUAUUUCUAAACAACACACGAAGUAUCUGUCAUUUGAGAUAAAAAAAUAAAUAAAAUGGAGCCGUCAGCCAGUCCAGCGAAGGAUAACCACAGGAUGAACAGCUACAAGAACAAAGCCCUGAAUGUGGAGGAGAUGAGACGCAGAAGAGAGGAGGAGGGUGUCCAGCUGAGGAAGCAGAAACGAGAACAACAGCUGUUCAAGAGGAGAAACGUGGACAUGUUGAAUGAGGAGGGAGUCAUGUUUGAGAGUCCACUGGUCGACUCGUAUGUGGACUCCACAGCCACAGAGGAAGGUGUCCUAACGAGACGCCUGGUGGAAAUGCUCUUCUCAGAGGACCCAGAGCUCCAACUCACCACCACACAGACAUUCAGGAAACUACUGUCCAAAGAACCCAAUCCACCUAUUGACGAGGUCAUCAACACCCCAGGCAUUGUAGAGAGGUUUGUGGAGUUCCUCAAGAUGAGCGUCAACUGCACAUUACAGUUUGAGGCAGCCUGGGCCCUGACCAACAUAGCAUCAGGUACAUCCAUGCAGACUAACAUAGUAAUCGAGGCAGGAGCAGUCCCCAUCUUUAUAGAACUACUCAACUCGGACUUUGAAGAUGUUCAGGAACAGGCAGUGUGGGCGUUGGGUAACAUAGCAGGGGACAGUGCAGUGUGCAGAGACUACGUACUCAACUGUAAUAUCCUGCCACCACUAUUAAUGCUUCUGACUAAAUCCACCAGACUGAGCAUGACCAGGAAUGCAGUGUGGGCUCUGUCUAACCUGUGCAGGGGGAAGAGCCCCCCACCUGUAUUUGAGAAGGUGUCCCCUUGUCUGCAGGUCCUGUCUAGACUGUUGUUCAGCAGUGAUUCAGAUCUGUUAGCAGAUGCUUGCUGGGCUCUGUCCUACCUCUCUGACGGACCCAACGAGAAGAUCCAGGCUGUCAUCGACUCCGGCGUCUGCAGGCGCCUUGUAGAGCUGCUCAUGCACACGGACUACAAGGUGGCGUCUCCUGCUCUGAGAGCAGUGGGGAACAUCGUCACGGGAGACGACAUCCAGACGCAGGUGGUGUUGAACUGUUCAGCCCUGCCUUGUCUGCUCCACCUGCUGAGUAGUCCUAAAGAAUCCAUCCGGAAAGAAGCCUGCUGGACCGUCUCCAACAUCACCGCUGGCAACAGGGCUCAGAUACAGACGGUGAUCGACGCCAACAUCUUCCCUGUGCUGAUCGACAUCCUGCAGAAGGCAGAGUUCAGAACCAGGAAGGAAGCAGCCUGGGCCAUCACUAACGCCACCUCUGGAGGAACACCAGAACAGAUCAGGUACCUGGUGAACCUGGGCUGUAUCAAGCCUCUGUGUGACUUGUUGACAGUGAUGGACAGUAAGAUAGUCCAGGUGUCUCUGAACGGUCUGGAGAACAUUUUGAGACUGGGAGACCAAGAGGCCAAGCAGGAUGCAGGACCCAGUGGUACCGGCAUCAACCCCUACUGCUCUCUCAUAGAGGAGGCCUAUGGUCUGGAUAAGAUCGAGUUCCUUCAGAGCCAUGAGAACCAAGAGAUCUACCAGAAGGCCUUUGAUCUGAUAGAGCACUACUUUGGAGUGGAGGAGGAGGACCAGAACCUGGCUCCUCAGGUAGACCAGGUCAACCAGCAGUUCCUCUUCCCCCAGCAGGAAGCACCCAUGGAGGGCUUCCAGCUAUAACGCCCUCCCUUUGGUUCAUCCAAACAUCACUCAUUUACCCAUGGAUCCCAUUGGAAGGCUUUCGGUUAACUUCUUCCCCCAUAUCCCCUACCAAUGGAGGGUUUUGAGGUAAAUUAGGGUCCCUGUGUCCCUCCCACCACCACCCAUCCUAUAUGCCCCUGCCCGUGGCUAGCUCUGCUACCCCAACCUCUACUGAUGCAGGGUCUCCUGUACCCUAUCCUUUCUCCACUGUGACCUUCCAGGCUCAACCGUGGAAGAUAGAACGUUGUCCUGUCCCUCCUAUCCCAUGGAAGGCUUUAUCCAACCUAUUACCCAAUCCUGUGAGCGUGUCUCUACCUACCCAAACAGAUCAGACACUUCUAACAGAACACCACGCCUCGGCUGAGGAGCCAAUCGGAGAGCUGAACUCGCACCACAUGACCUGAUGAUUUAAAACACAGCUCUUCCAGAUCGGUGAUCACACACCAGGGCCGUGAUCACACACCAGGGCCGUGAUCACACACCAGGGCCGUGAUCACACACCAGGGCCGUGAUCACACACCAGGGCAGGUUUGAAACGCAUAGAUACAUUGAGAAAUACCGCCAGUACUGUUGAUAGUCCUGAUGUUCUUCUGCCAGUAGCAGUGGCUUGUUGUGGAUUUGACUGCUCCCUGUCGGCCCGUAGGGAUGACCUUUAGGAGGUGGGGGGUCAAAUCUGACCUCGAGUGAUGAGUGUUAUUUCGCUUAUUUAUCCUUUCCCCUCAUUUAGCUUUUGUCAGCCCCCCCCCGGCCUGUUCUGAAGCACAUCUCGGUGUACCACCUGAAGACUAGUGUCCCCAGACUGAAAACUUCCUUACUGUUAGCAAUAGAACUCCGAGGCCAAACCCUCAUUCACAUUGGUUUCUGUCUGAUCAGACAUACAGGGUUCCACUAGAACAAUUCUGGGGAUUCUUAGUAAUUCUGGUUUGGAGUGUUGACCCAAGGUUCUCUCCUUCUAGAACUGACGGUCCUUUCUCUACUAUUUAAUUUCUUACAACUUUUAGCAACUUUUUUUGUUUGCGUCAGAUGAUUUCUUGGACCUGGGGAGGGAUGAUGAGGGUGGAACAACAUGUUUGGGGUCUAAAUCGUAAAAUCAGGAAAACUUCUGGGCGUCGAUGGGGAUUUAAGGUGAGGGGGGGGGGGUCCAUAUUGAAUCGUGUAACAGUAAAAUACCUAGGUUGCUAGCUUGAUCUGAAGUUGAUAUAGCUAGAGAUAUAAUGUUCGUGGUGUGCUGUGUUCUUAAUAACGAUAGAUUUGAAUUAUGACGUGAUUCUAGCUAUUAAAACGGCAGACCGCUGGGGGGGGGGGGGGUUUGAGGGGCUACACUAACUUGAGAAAAAAACAUGUAACUCAGCUUCACGUAAGUCAGGCAUCAAUGUCAGAUUCACUGUGAUAUCCUAUUUACUCACCUGCAUGUAAGGUUGGAGGGUUUUGGGCCCGGGAUGCGUUCUGAAUGGCAUGCUAAGCCCUAUGGGCCCUGGUCUAAAAUAGUGUACUAUAUAGGGAUUAGGGCCCUGGUCUAAAGUAGUGUACUAUAUAGGAAAUAGGGCCCUGGUCUAAAAUAGUGUACUAAUAUAGGGAAUAGGGCCCUGGUCUAAAAUAGUGUACUAUAUAGGGCCCUGGUCUAAAGUAGUGUACUAUAUAGGGAAUAGGGUGUCAUUUGGAACAGAGCUCCAGUGUAAAUAGAUAUGUUUGUGCUGGCUGAGUUGCAUUAGGCCUCUGAUUUGGUGUGUGUCCCCCCCCGGUGUGUAUGUAUGCUAGGGUUUGCAUGGUGUUCCUAUUGCCCUACCUACAGUCACGCAGUAUCCUUUUGCCAAACACCUGGAAUUAUUGUUGGGAGAGGUAGUGAGAGAGUCAGGGUGUGAGAGUGCCAUCAUUUAAGUCUUAGAAAAUUGAACCAAGAUAUUAUUUUUAAGCAAUAAGGUCUGAGGGGGGUUGUGGUAUAUGGCCAAUAUACCACGGUUAAGGGCUUUUCUUAUGCACGACGCAACGCGGAGUGCCUGGAAACAGCCCUUAGCCAUGUUAUAUUGCCCAUAUACCACAAACCCCCAAGGUGCCUUAUUGCUAUUAUAAACUAGGUGGUUCAAGCCCUGAAUGCUGAUUGACCCGACCAUAUGUGGUAUAUCAGACCGUAUAAAACGGUUAUGACAACAUGUAUUUUUACUGCUCUAAUUACAUUGGUAAUCAGUUUAUAAUAAGGCCCGAGGUGUGGUGUAUAUGGCCAAUAUACCACGGCUAAGGGCUGUGUCCAGGCACUCAGCGUUGCAUCGUACCGGGUACCAUUUGUGAUGGCCACACGUACUGGGUAUUGAUAUCUAUUAUUCACUGUCGCAUUAGAAAAGUGUACAGCUCCCCUUAUUCUUCUCAUAAGGUGCAUUUUAAAUAACACUUUGUUCCUCUUAGUGCACUCGUUUCGCCACCUAGGGAGCCUCUGGCCAGAGGUAGAGGCCACUCGUUUCGCCACCUAGGGAGCCUCUGGCCAGAGGUAGAGGCCACUCGUUUCGCCACCUAGGGAGCCUCUGGCCAGAGGUAGAGGCCACUCGUUUCGCCACCUAGGGAGCCUCUGGCCAGAGGUAGAGGCCACUCGUUUCGCCACCUAGGGAGCCUCUGGCCAGAGGUAGAGGCCACUCGUUUCGCCACCUAGGGAGCCUCUGGCCAGAGGUAAAGGCACUAUAUCAGACAAGGUGUCAUGCAUCUAACGACAACCAGGGUUUGGCAAGGGAUAAGUGUUUUGUUUUUUUUAGACCGUGACGAACCUAACCUAACCGCAACAGAAAUUAAGUUAAGAUGUAUUUGCACAGACACUUCAUGCACACAUGCAUACAACGCCAGCAGACUGCACACGGCUCACACGGAUGAGUGCUACACAAGGAGAAUCAACUUCCAUUAUCCACCUUGUUGAAGGAACGAAAUUGCAUGUUUUCUUUCUGUGCUAUAUUGGGUUUUCAAUGCGGUAUGUUCACUCAAUGUUUUGCCACUUCCUUAUCGGCACUAUUGAGAUUAUGUGCUUAGAUUUUUAUUUUUAAGAAUGCACCUACCCACAAUGCAUCACAUUCACAGCAUCCUUUAAAAUCUCUAUUUUUUUUUAGGAGAAAAUUACAUUUUUUGUUUUGACAUUUUUUUUCUUGAGGAAGUGCAGGGGUGUGUACUGUCUGGUAAUAUGCUCAGUUGAAAAAUAAACAGGAUAAAAACAUUAUAGUGAUUUCAUGUGGAGAGUUGGAAAAUAAACACAUUCGUUAGAUUAGCAUUGAAAUCGUGACCAUCAACUGGAUGGAAAAAAACGUUUCAAAUUCAUAGAAUGAAAAUGUAAAAGUUGUUUGCUGAGCAGUUAGCUGAAAUCCAUUGUUUAUUUCCUACUUUGUUGGUGAACUGCUUACAAUUCACUUUGUCAUUUUCUAUUAUUUUUUUUUUUCAAACUCUUCCACAUGUCAAUUAUUACGUUGUCUUUUUAACCUUUUUUUUGUUAUCUUCAACCUAGGUAUAUUAUGGAAGCCUUUUCUCCUUUCUGCUACAUGACUGAAAAUAUGGUUAGAUUGAUAUGCCCUUAAGAGACAGAUCUAGGAUCAGCUUGCCCUCCUUUAAAUCUUGACCUGUAACAUUUUAAUGGGGCAAAAGCAAAACUGAUCAUAGAUCAGUCUCUGGGUUGAGUGGAGCCUAAACAGUUUAGUGGUGACAGUUUGACUGACCGGCACUGUGUGAGGUAGCGAUAGAUGUACAAUUUGUAUGUCCUCUUCAGUCACAGCUUGUUCUGUGGAUCCACUGUUUCCCCUGGUUGAGCAGAACCAAACUGGUUUGAGGUAAACAAAAUCAGAAUUUACAGAGCUGUUUUUAUUUCAAACUUAAUGCCUAAACUUUCAUUUUGGAAGGGCAUCUAUCUGUAACUCAUCUUUAAAAAAUAUAUAUAUAUUUUUUACUUGAUAUGCUAGCUAUGAGGAGCCUAGUCAUUGCACAUGUUUAUAUAGAAAAUCAUCCCUUAUGGUUAUAUUGUCCUUCCUGACGUGAUGUCUCGGUAGGUUGACCCUGUGAGGAUGUGGGCCAUGACUUUGUACAAUGUCAUAGCUUGUUAUUAUGUUCAAUCUGCAAAAUGGUGUUUUUUCAUGGUCUGCAAAAUGGUGAUUUUUCACGGUCUGCAAAAUGGUGAUUUUUCAUGGUCUGCAAAAUGGUUACGGACACGUUGCCCUUUGGUUGACAUGCAAAAAUGUAUUGACGUUGGUGAGAGACUAAGCUUGUCAUUGAUCUAACAUGGACAGUAAGUAACAGUAAUAGGCUAUUAUAGGAGUCUAUGCACUUUGGUCCUCUAAAGGGAAAUGGUUGUCCACAGAACAAGUGUUCCUAACUGACAUUUUGAGACUAAAUAAAUCUUGGAAAACAUGAAAAAAUUUGCUAAAGAACUUUUGACUAACAAGUGGGGGGGGCAUUUAUAAAAUCAGAAGUCCUCCUUAUUUUUUCUCUCGACUUCUGCGUGCAGUCUACCAACAGACUUCCAGAAACGUAAAAUAAAAACACAAAAUAAACAUAUUUAUAUUUAUGAAGAAAAACAAGUGCCAAUCCUGACCAACUAAAGACUUGAGGGUGAUUUUACAUAACUUUUGACUUGAUUCAUUUAAUUUUCUUAAUAUUUCCUUGAAUGUGCACACGUUUUGUGCAAAAACAUUGCUGCUCUAUUUUCCUCGUCUUAUAGUUCCAUGAUGUGGUUUCUCUGAAUGUGGCAUUCUCUACUGCUUUUGCACUGUGGGAUUGGGUCAGAACAGUCAUUUUAAAUCGGCAAAAAUAACAUUUAUUCCAUCAUGCUGAUCCGUCUAACUAAAUAUUGAUGCUCGCUUUCUUUUUUUGUACAGUGUAAUGCAUUGUUGAUUUCACUGUGCAGACCUCACACUGCAGCUGGGGGACAGACAGUCUUAGACGUUCGUUAGAAUGAUGCAGGGCCAUCAAGUGUAAUUUUAGCCUGAGGCAAAGACUGCACUGCACAUUAUUAGGGCCCUGAGUUUUUCCUAGUCAGGUCACAUGGUCUGGAAAAGCUCCCGGCCCUGUUUAUCAGGUCAGAUAUCGUAUCAGGCCAAUACAGGGCCACGUUCAGUAGCCAGACGUUGUAAAUGGAGAGGCCAACGUUGUUCCAUAUUUAACAUGUCAUGUUUUUUUUAUUUUUUACAUAGAAAUAUUUCUAUCUGAACGUUAGAAAAUGUUGCGUUCUUGCUGAACGUGCCCCGGGGUUUCUCCACCUAAACUACCAUGUUUGCACAUAAUGAGUCAAACCCAUCUUAUCACAAAGAACUAAACAGCCAAUUCAAAAUGGACACUACUCACUGAAGUUUUUUGAUUUUGUGCAGCUAUACCAUUUACAUGGAUAUGGAUGGUUCUAGAAUGUUUCAGUGGCAUAAUCUUAUUGGCUGUCCACACCCAGUCAAUCAACCAAAACAACCAAUCACUGGUCCUGAGACUUCUCUCAGCUACUUCUUGAUUUAGCACAAGGACUCAGAGACACUUCUCUUGAGAUGGGAAGCUAAAUGGAAGCUAUGUUAUUGGCUGAGAAUGAACAACCUAACAAGUAAUGCAAUAAAUAUUCUCCAAAAGUCUGCCAUCCCAAGAGGUUUAUGCUGUGUCCCGAAGUGCACCCUAUUCCAUAUUUAAUGAACAACUUUUGACCAGGAGUCCAUGAAGUUCUGGUCAAAAAUAGUGCACAAUAUACCCCCACAGUGGAGGUGUAAUAAUACCCAUAAUACCUAGUGGUCAAACGGAAAUAAUUCUAAUCGUGUUUUUUCCAACCAUUUGAUUUUUCCCCAUAGGCGAUUUUUAGAAACACUUAAAAUAAAGGGUGUUUUGUGUAGGCUUUACCCCGGGGUGACAUGCUGAUAACCGUGUAGAUCUCUCUAGGACAAGGUGACUCAAUAUUAUUCGGCUCUCUUUUUUACUCGCAGAAUUGAAAAUACUUCAAGUAGACAAUCAUGCAAGACUACAAAUCCCUGCAUGCUUCUCCAUGUCAUCUCUAGCUGACAUCUUUGCUUAACAGGUAUUGUGUCAAUUUAAAACGUGCACAAGACAGUUCACAGAAUUGUAAAAAAAAAUGUAUUAAAGAAAUGUAGCUAAUUUAUUCAUCAAUCCAUUUUUAGCUAGCAUUAGAUAAUUAAUCCAGAGAUUCUUACCUUUGCCUCGAUACGUCAGUCAUCAUGGUAUUUGUAGUUCUUUAUGAUAGCCACUUUAGCAGCUAAUUAGCAUUUCGUUUUGGUGGGGGAGUACAGGCAAACAUAUUAAGUCACCUUGUCCGGUUGAGAUUUGAGCGGUUAUCAAAACAUCACGCCAGGGUAAGCCUCCCACUGAGACGACUGCAGGGAUUCGGGUCACGGCCAGGGUCGCCAUUGUACGCAGCCCAUGUUUUAAGUGUUCCUAAAAAAUAAAAUAAAGACUGGGAAAAAUGGAUGAUGGGAAAACAAUUGGUGCCAUUUUCCUGUUUGACCACUAUGUUUUAUAGGCAUUAUGACUCAUACUGUGGUACAUUUUAUAGAGGGAAUAGUGGCAUUUUGAGAGGGAGCUUAAGACUUCUUUUUCAGGUGUUUGCCCUCUUCAAGAGGGCAAUUAACAGAGAUGACUGGUCAACAGUUUCCUAGAACAAAUCUGGGAUGCAGGAAUGUGAAAUUUACAUUUAAAAAAUGAUAAUCAAGUGUCCAAGUGGAACUGUGUAUGAUUUAUAAUUUGGGGGGUGCUUAUAUUUUGUUCUCUUACACAAGUGUGUAAUGAAAAAAUAUAUAUAGAUUUUGAUUGUUGCAUAUCUGACUCCCACUGAGACGACUGCAGGGAUUUGGGUCACGGCCAGGGUCGCCAUUGUACAAUGCCCCUGGAAAUAUGUACAUUAGCUGGAGGAAUCAUCCAUAUUUUUUAACGACUGCUGAGAUGCUUUUUAAGGCAUAGUAAAGGGAUAUGAGUUUUUCCCCUGACCAAAUGACAAGGAGAAACUGUCUGUGUCCCAAAUGGGCACUUAUAUACCCUAUAUAGUGCACUACUUUUGACCAGAGACCUAUUAGGUCCUGGUCAAAAAUGGCGAACCACAUAGGAAAUAGGGUGCCAUUUGCUCUAGUGUCUGUUUCCCUGUCAGGCCAUUUGGUCAGGAACAACUCCUAGGCAUGGAUUUGAAAAAAAAAAAAUAUAUAUAUAUAAUUAAGAUACAUUUUGAAAUGGGAUAUUUUUUGGGGGUUGGUCUUCUGGCCUAGAUUGUGUAAAUGUGUAUAACUGAGACAAAGGUGUCUGAAAAUCCCAAGCCACGCCUUAGUGCUUGGCUUUGUCAAAUAAAUUAUGCUAUCUAGGCUAUAAUUGUUUACAAUGCUACAUGUUUAUAAAGUGUUUUUUCAUAUGUCAUAACUGACCAGUCCUGAUGUAUUCUCUGGUCCUCUCAUUUCGCUCUCUUUCAAUGUAUUUAUUUACAAAACAAAUAUUUUUUUUCUUUUUUUGCUUAUGAUAACCCAUAUUAUACUGUGACUUGACAUUACCGACGGUAUGAAUGAGUGACUGAUACACUUCAACUGAACAUGACACACAAACAUGAACACAGAAACAAAUGCAUUAACAAAUAUUAGAAAUGUAUAAAAAAUUGUCCAGUGGAAACUGUACAAAACAAAUCCCCGAGAAAUAAAAUGUUGCAACCCUU